AUGAAGAAAGUGAACGAGAAGAGAGGCAUCAGAAUAGGGGCUUCAGCUUACAUCAUCGCCGGCACGAGUCACUGUGUUUAUUCAGUCAAUUCAAAGCUCAAGGCAAUCGCGUUCCUUUGCGCCCCUACAACCGACAGGAACAAUUUUCGUCGAGUAAUAGCAAUUAUAGCAAUAGAAGCAGCUAUUAAUUGCCUCUGUUACCAGUCGCCGGGACAGAAGGUGGAGGAAGACAAGGAUGACAUGGACGACUUCAGCCUCCACGUGCAGCGCUAUCGGCCGGAGGAACUGGAUAAGCUCGCCAAGACGACCAAGUUCUCCAGGAAGGAAAUCCAACUCAUCUACAGAGGAUUCAAGCAGGAGUGUCCGACGGGCCUUAUAGACGAGGAAGGCUUCAAGGGCAUCUUCUCGCAGUUCUUCCCCCUCGGAGAUGCCACCCAUUACGCUCACUAUGUCUUCAAUACUUUUACGCAAAAUAAUCAAGGGCAGAUCAGUUUCGAGGACUUCCUGGCGGCGCUGUCGACGGUGUCCCGUGGGUCGACGCAGGAGAAGCUGCAGUGGAUUUUCGGCCUCUACGACGUGAACAACGACGGCCUCAUCACCAAGACCGAGAUGGUGGACGUCGUCACCGCCAUCUACGAGAUGAUGGGCCGCUCCACCGAGCCGCAGGUGGAGGAGACGUCCGCCAAGGAGCAUGUGGAGAAAAUCUUUCAUCUGAUCGACACGAACCAAGACGGCGCCAUCACCAUCGAGGAGCUGGCCGAAUGGGUGUCCCGCGACGACACCAUCAUUCAGAGCCUCAGCAUGAUGGACACCGUACUCUACACCCGUCGAGAUCGCGGUGCUGACGGCGCCCCUCCGCCCACACGCCCGUCGCUUAGCCAGCCCUGAGCCCACGGGCGUCUAUGCUCGUUAGGUUAUAUAUAGUUGUUUGUGGAAAAAUAAGAAAAGAGAUAAAGAGGAAAACGAAAUUAGGAAUACAAAUUGGUCAGAGGAAGAAUUGACAAGAAGCACAGCAAUUAACGUUUUAAGUAAAACGCAUUCUCCUCUUCAAGUUUUUUUGCAUAAUUCUUGAAGGGUAUUAUUUUGUGAAAAGCUCUGGUAGUUUCCUCUAACGCUGUGGAUCUCUGCAUUAUAUAUCACGAUUUUAUUUAUACCCUUUAAUAACUGCAAUAGUGUUCUAUGACUCGUUUCUAACUUGUCAUGAACUCGCACCAGACACGAACGUCCUGCCGAUUUUGUGCAUGUAUAUUUUAGAGCAGAUAUUUUUCCUUGUGUGUUUAUGAUGCUCAAGACCCAGAGUAAAUGGUUUUGCCUUGUUCCGAAUGCGUGUUAUAGUCUCUUAAGGAAAUGACCUAGACAUUACCCAUAGUAAAAUAAUCAAAUCGUUAAAAAUGCAUUUCACUUGUUGAUCUAGGAAAUAUCGCAAAAAAAA